AUGUCAGAAAGUGAAGAGCCAACAGCAUUUUGCAUUUUAGAUGAUCACAUCAAGUCGGAAGAACUAAUACAAAACUAUACAACUAUUCGAAAUGAAAUGUUGGAAAUUGAGAGGAAUAAGCUUUUGCUUGUUGUGAUUGGUUGCUUGAGAGAUACAAAUAAUAACUUUACAAGAUUUCAAAUGGCAUGUUAUGACAAGUCGUGUGGGAAAUUCGUCACUGUUUGCUCUUUAUCAGUCGGAUUUACACAAGAACUAAAACAAGAGAUCUCAGAAAGAUUAUCCAAACUCAUAAUACCAAGUCCAAGUGCUAAUGUUAUUUUCAAUGAAAAACAGCCAGCUCAGGUUUGGUUUGCCAAUUACAGUUUGGGAAGUAAAAGCUGCUGA